CUGACUUUCUUCUGGAGUGUCAGGCACAGUGACAGCAUGGCAGCCGCCUCGGCAUCCGAGGAAUUCAAGGGACGACCUCUGAGCCACAGCAGCAGCUUACCGCUUCUUCCACCUUCCAUGUCUGAGCUGAGGGUUGUUCUGCUGGGGAACAGCUGGUCUGAGAGGAGUUCAGUGGGGAACUUCAUACUGGGAGAGGCUGAGUUCAACACUGAGGAAGAACCAGAUCACUGUCUGAGAGUCAGAGGACGGAUGAAAGAGAAAGAAAUAGUUCUGAUCAACACUCCAGAUCUGCUGCUCCCCAACAUCUCUGAAGACAAACUAAGAGAACAUGUAGAAAACUGUGAGAGACUCUCUGAUCCUGGACCUCAUGUGUUCCUGCUGGUUCUACAGCCUGAAGACUUCACUGAGGAACUCAAAGAGAAGCUCUGCAGAGUCCUGAAACUCUUCAGUGAUCAAUCAUUUGAUCAUUCAUUGGUACUGAUAUCAACAUCCAGAGAGGAGAGUUCAGCUUUCAUGGAGAAAGACCAGCCCAUAAAAGACAUGAUCAGAAUGAGUCCAUACAGAUAUCUGUGGCAGAAGAACCUUGAACGUCCAGAACUUUUAACACGUUUGUGUCAAACUGUAAAAGAGAACUAUGGACAUCUGAGGUGUGAUGUAUUUGAGGAUGAGGGUUUGAUCAUGACACCAAAGUCUGACCAAAUGAAACCAUCUUUAAACCUGGUUCUGUGUGGGAGGACAGGAUCAGGGAAGACCUCAGCAGCCAAGGCCAUUUUAGGUCAGACAGAGCUUCAUUCAGUCUCCAACUCAUCAGAGUGUGUUAAACAUCAGGGAGAGGUGUGUGGACGUUGGGUUUCUCUGGUGGAGCUGCCUGCCUUGUAUGGAAAACCUCAGGAGGCAGUGAUGGAGGAAUCUCUCAGGUGUAUCUCCCUCUGUGAUCCUGAGGGCGUCCAUGUCUUCAUCCUGGUCCUACCUGUGGGUCCCCUCACUGAUGAAGACAAGAAAGAGUUACAGACCAUCCAGAACACAUUCAGCUCUGCAGUCAAUGACUUCACCUUCAUUCUGUUCACUGUGGAGUCAGAUCCUAAAGCUCCAGCUGUUGUUAAGUAUCUUAAAAAAGAUAACGGCAUCCAGGAGCUCUGUCAGAGCUGUGGAGGAAGAUAUGUUGUUCUCAACAUCAAGGACCAGCAGCAGAUCCCAGAGCUGUUGGAUUCUGUGGAUAAGGUGAUGGUUGAAGGAUCCAGAUGCUUCACAAUGAAGAUGUUCAUCAAGGCUCAGAUGGAGAAAGUUUCAAGACUUGAAGCUGAUCUGCAGGAUGUGAAACAGAAGACAGAGGUGGGAGAUGAGCUUAGGAUUGUGUUGAUUGGGAAGACUGGCAGCGGGAAGAGUUCAACAGCAAACACCAUUUUGGGCGAAAAGCUUUUCAAACCCCGAAUCCUCCCGAAGCCAACGAUGAAGUCUUGUCAGAAAGCAACAGGAGACAUUGAUGGACGACCUGUCGUUGUGGUCAACACGCCCGGCUUGUUUGACUCGAAUCUGUCUGAUGAAGAAACUCAACAAGAGUUUAAAAAAAGCAUCAGCAUGUUGUCUCCUGGACCUCAUGUGAUCUUACUGGUGCUGCAGAUCGGCCACUUUUCACAAGAGGAAAAAGACUCUGUGGAGCUGAUCAAGAAAUAUUUUGGUAAGAAGUCUGAAGGAUUCAUCAUCAUUAUAUUCACCAGAGGAGAUGAACUGGAAGACCAGUCAUUUGAGAGUUAUAUCAAAGACUGUGAUGACUUUGUCAAAGAACUCAUGAAGGACUGUGGAGGGAGAUACCAGGUCUUCAAUAACAAAGAUGACACAAACCGCACACAAGUCAGAGAGCUGAUGAACAACAUCGAUACCAUGGUGAAGGAAAAUGGCGGCUGCUACAACACUGAGAUGUUAGACAACACAGAGGGAUACACACAAAUACAAGUGGAGAGGAUUUUGAAAGAGAAAGAAGAGAUGAAGAGAAGAGAUGAGGACCUCCGGAGAAAACAUGAGGAAGAUUUAAAAUCACUGAAAAGCAAAUUCAAAGAAGAAGAAAGAAAGCUGAAGGCAAAACAUCUAGAGGACGUCAACAAGGAGCGUGAGGUGAGGAAGAAAGAACGGGAGGAAGAGGAGAGGAAACGGAAAAAACAAGAGGAAACCCAGCGACAGGAAUGGAGAAGAAAACUGGAAGCUACUGAGAAAAUAGUUCAGUCAGAAAGAGAGCAAAAGGAAAAUGCUGUAAAGAAACAGGAGCAGCUCAGAAAAGAGAUGAAGAGAGAACGAGAGGCCUGGGAUAAAGAAAGAAAGGACACCUGGGAACGAAUACGUCAGGAGGACAAACGGAGCCUGGAGGAGGAGAAAAAGAGCUUCAUGAAGCUCCAAGAAGAGUACCAUCAAAAGAGAAGAAAAUGGACUUAUGGUUUAGUUUUUCUGCUGUUGGUUCUAUUGUUUCUGUUAUGUUUGAUCUUUCUGAGGUAGACAGACACACUACAGACAGCACAGCGACCAAACAACACACAUGAAUAGAUUAACAACUUGCUAGGCUGAUAGAAGAAGCAGGUUUACAUUUAUGGACUUUACAGAUGGAUGUCUUCAUGUUUUUAGUUUGCACUCAUGGCUGGAAGUGAUUCAGUUAAAUACAACGACUCAUAGAGACAAGACAUUGACCUACUCACCAGCCAUGUGACUCAAAACACAUAUAAGCAAUAAAUAAUAGAAUGUAGAAAUGGGAACUAUCGACCAUAUAACAAAUCAAAUGUUAUGGCUCCCAAAUUCUCUGAAUGUUGGGUAGUGUUUCUUAAACCCAAGUUCACCAAAUGACAGUAAUAUUAAUUUGGACGUCUGUUUUCUAAAAAUAAUUGUUCUGGUUUGAAAAAAAAACCCUUAGAAUCGUCACGGACACUAGAGGAGACAUUGGAAAUUCACUCAUUUGCUGCAGUGAGAGUUAGAUGAGAUGAGAUGUUAUUUUUAUCUCUUGGCCUGUUUAGCCUAGCUUAGUCGAACGACUUGAAGCAGAAAAAGUUAGAAAACUCUUUCUCAACCUACAAAGCUGUCGUUUUAGCUAGUUGGCUACAUGCAUGAAUGAAUGGAUGCUUUAUUGUCCCUAUGGGGAAAUUUGACUUUGACUCUAUAAAGCUAGACCCGUCAACACAUACAGGCACACAUCAAUCAUACCCCAGUACCUGUAGUUUGACCUUCAAGGUCGGGGGUUCACAAACAUCUAGACUCCAGAUUCUCGAGCAAAUGUAAUAUGCACCUCAGAGUCUUCUUUACAGGAAAAUUAAUAAUCAAGAUACUAGCUGGUGCAUUUGUAUACACAGACUAACAUGUCCAAUAGAAAUCGCACAGACUGAAAAAAACCCAAAGUAAUCCAGAUAUAGAUGCCAGCUAUAAGCAUUUCUCCAGAGACUGUUGCAUCUAUUUGGAACCUUAUAUAUGUUAAAACACAGCGAGGUCUGUAGUGUAGAGAGUGGUGCAGGGAUGAUGUUUCUUUGUAGUCCAACAAUAACUGGUUCCCUUUAUACAUAUCAACUGGGAUUCUUCCUUUACAUUUUGGACUAUUGCAGAAAAUAAUCUCUGUGGCAAACAGACAUUUAUGAUCCUUUCAAGUGAUGUUCCUCAAGAUAGUCUUCACAAGUGAACACCAGUUUUAUGAAAUUUGAAGUGUAAAGUAAAAAUAGUUAGUUUAGUCGUCUUAUUUAGAAACCUUUUUAAGACUUUUUAAAGCUUCUAAAUUGACCAGAGGGCUAUUUACUGACCUAUUAUGUAUCAUAGAACUAAAUGUUCAAAUGUCUUCAGCUGGUGAUAACCACAGAUCAUCUGACCAAAACCCAUUCACAUUGACUUCCAGUCCAGGGAACCGACAAUUAGUUCACCAUUUGUAUUUAUUAUUAUUGAGCAAAACUCUUAUUAAUAAGCAUCUUCUGCUCGUCAGUAAAUUGUUUAAAUCUGCAAACUAAGUGCUUUUUAUUUUCUAUUCUACACAAAUGCACAAAUUGGACCGUUAUUGUUUUGUUGACUCUACAUGGAUGGAGCUACAAUUUGUGCCAGGGUAGCUAACACAUCACUGAAAUACCUCUGUAUUGAACACAAUGUAAUUGAACUUGGUUGCUGCGCAAAUAAGCAAAUUACCUUAAAUUUCAGAGAAUUCCUUUAAGUGAAAAUGGAUAAACCAUUGUAUAUUGUUAUUAUUAAUGAAGUCUUUCUUAUUGUAAUUCAUCUUUGAUUGUAUAUAUAUAUAUAUAUAUAUAUAUAACAUUUACAAAUUCCUAGAUAAUUGGGAGUUAUUAGGAGAAGCAUCUUCCUCUGGGCUACAUGUAACAAACAUGCACAGUGAUUGUUUUUGGAUGUUUGUUUCUUUGAUAUUUUUAUACUUACACUAGAUUGAGUAGAGUAUGACUUUUUUUAAUUUUUUGUUUCUUCCGUUUACGCCUCCCUACAUGAAGUGGGAUGCUGUAGCGGCAUUUGCUUUCAGAUAGCUAUAAUUCCAGCUGGUCUGUAAAUUCAGACUGCUCUUUGGUUCACUGUGUUAUUUGUACAUCAGCGUAAGUGUGUAAUUUGUGUUGACUGUCUGAGUUCAGACUAUUACUUAGUUCAUAGUGCACCUGGGUUGUACCAAACAAAAUAUACUGUAUGUAUAUGAGGAAUACUAUAAGAUUACAACAAAAAUGAAUAUGUGAACAUGUGACAUUUAAGGCGAGCUCCACUAGUGGCCAUCCUAACAUCCCCUCUAUUUAUUGUAGCCGUCUUGCUGGAAAAUGAUGAUUGAGACAAAAUAAUGUGGUCAUACAUUAACUUGAAUAUUUCAUCUUUCUGUCAUAGAGGCGAUUGUUUAUUUUCCACUUGUGUAGUUGGGACACGUUGUACUAUGUACUGUAUACAUAUCAUAGCCAUAGUUAGUUCCUUUUAUGUAUCAUUACAACUGAGUCACAUAUCUAAGCUGCUGAUUCUGCUACAAAUACAUAUUCACCAGCAUUAUUCACAUUAGUUAUUAAGAAUCAGAAAAAAAAUACUCUGCUGAUGGAUGAUUGUUUUUAUUCUCGCUCCCAAAGACGCAGCUGGAGAUAACAUAUGUACUUAGUUUCCAUGAUGUUUGUACUUUCAUACACAAAAAUUACUUAUUUUUUAUUGUUGUGUAAAAAUGUUAGUAUAGACAAAUAUAACUGAUAAUAAAACUAUUAAU